CAAUCGAUCUUUUUGGCGUAUGUGCCAUGAAGCGCCGUGCAAAGAGUGGCAUUGCAGAGACGCCGCCCAAGAAACGCCUCUGCGGCAAAGCCUCGCAAAGGGAACACCUGGAUCAGUUGCAUUUGAAAGCCCAGGAGAUCUUGGAGGUGGCCUGUGCACAGCAGGCCACAGCCAGCAGCACUGCAGAGGCUAAGGGGAGGCAGGAUGAGGUCGAAAAGCGAUCCCUUGAUGCAGCGCAGCAGCGCCAUAUACGAGCUCAAGAGCAACUGACCUCGGCACAGAGCUGCCUGGAACAAGCUCGCAGGGCCUUAGAAGCUGCGCAACGAGAGGCAGAUGCCAUCGUGCCGCACUGGGGAUAUCUGGAUAUGCUACUCAUAAAUCUGUUAUACUCACAGGUCUUGUCAUAG